AUAAGAACGAAUCUCACACACCCAACGCCGCUGCCCCGCUGCCUCUCUCCCCUCUGCCCCGUUUAUAUGCGAGGUCCUAGCUGUCCGAAAUCUAUAUAUACAGCACGAUUGGUAAGCGCGAAGCGCAUUGUAACAGUGAUCGUCGUACGUGACACACGUACGUAGUGCUGGUGAUUUUUCUAAGAAGUACAGUUAAUUCAGAGACAAUCAACGAUGACCGGCCGCGGUAAGGGAGGAAAGGGAUUGGGAAAAGGUGGCGCGAAGCGUCACAGGAAGGUGCUCCGUGAUAACAUCCAGGGUAUCACCAAGCCGGCGAUUCGGCGUCUGGCGCGCAGGGGUGGAGUGAAACGUAUCUCCGGUCUGAUAUACGAGGAGACUCGCGGUGUUCUCAAGGUUUUCCUCGAGAACGUCAUCCGCGACGCGGUAACCUACACGGAGCACGCGAAGAGGAAGACCGUCACCGCCAUGGACGUCGUGUACGCUCUGAAGCGCCAGGGCCGCACCCUCUACGGUUUCGGCGGUUAAGUUGAUUAAUUAUUGUCUGUCGUAUACAUACUUAGGUAUAUGACGGAUAUUUUUCAACAAGUAAAAAAGGCCCUUUUCAGGGCCGCA